AUGGCUGCCAGUCCAAGCAAAGCCAGCGCUCCCGUGGCGCCGCGGCCGCCGGAAGCCAGCAUGUGCUCGUCCUUGUGGUCAGAUCUCCCAGUGGAUCUCGCUGGGCUCGUCCUACGCCGGCUGCCUUCCCUCGCCGAUCGCGUCUGCUUCGGCUCCGUUUGCCGCCACUGGCGCCACGCCGCGCGGCAGCAGGCCCCAGUGCUCCCUCCGGCGCUCCCGUGGACCAUCACCUCCUCCACCGGCAAAGCACAAAGUAUCCCUGACGGCGAGGUGCACCGCCUGUGCCCCGGCAAGCUCGCGCAAUGCGCGUGCUCCUCCGAGAGCUGGCUGCUGAUGAUCGGGAAAGCGUCGCGCCAUGACACGACCGAGAGCCUUAACUUCCUGAAGAACCCUCUCUCAGGCGCCAUCGUGCUACUGCCGGACCCAGGCAGCCUUCUACGCCAUGGCGCCGGGUUAUACUGCGUCACGAAAUUCAUUGUGUGCCGUAGCGAUCUCGUCGUAGCCACAACCAGAGACAACAUCCCUAGUUACAAGGAUCCACUAAUUGCGUGCUCCCCUGGUACAUCGCCAUCGUGGUCGAUGAGCACACAGGGGGCCGCCACUGAUGGGUCCUCUUACCAAGACAUAGCCUUCCACGAUGGAAGCAUCUAUGCCAUGGCCGAACAAGGAGACCUUUACGUGCACCGGGUUAGCGAGGACGAUGGGCUUGGAGUAGUGUUGUCUUCCGCGAAGCUAGUGAUCAAGGGCAGUGCGGGUGACACCCGUUGGCUCGGUGUGAGUCGAUUCCUGGUGGUUUCACGUAGUGGGAGGUUGCUGAUGGUCAAAUGGAACCAUAGGCACGGAAACAUCUAUCAUGACGAUGGUAUCUCGGCCUUCGAGUUGUUCGAAGCGGAUCUUCAGAUGUCACGAUGGUCACGGUUAUCGAGCAUCGGUGACCAGGUCUUGUUUGUGAGCCAAAGGUGCUCCAAGGCCGUCCCUGUAUCUCAUGACCAUUGCGAUGAUUAUCUGUGUGGUGACCGUGUAUAUUUCGUGGACAAUGCAAUCUAUGGUCCGAAAGAGUGUUGCUUUGGAGCUACUAGUUGUGGUAUGUACGACUUAAGAAAUAACACAUGUCAUCCGGUUGUAUCCGAUGCAUUCCGUGACAAUAAUAUAGCGGCGGCAGCAUGGUUCUUCCCACACACGUGA